AUCCAAUAUCGUUUACGCUGUUCCUCUACACGAUCAACGACUUUUAUAGUAAGCCAAAAACCAAGAUGGCCCCUGGAUGUUAUAUAUGCCAAUAUGCCGCCAAAUACGACAUGUAUAUAUACUGCCCUGGUGUAACUGGCGAUACAAUCGACACCCAGCUCUUCGAUCAGGGCCACGUGCACUGGUUAUGCGGAUACUGCUAUGAGAGUUAUGAGAACAAGACGAGUUGCCCUUACUGUCGGACUCAUCGCAACACGGUAGAUUACUUCUAUUGGAGUGGAGACGGUGCUACUCGUAACGAAGAGCUCAGCACAGUAUCGACGUCGGAUUAGGGACCUUUUUAAUGGUGGCUAGUAGAUGAUAGAAGCAAAACGAAGGUCAUCUCAGACUUCAAUUUCGAGUAAUCAGAUUUCAUAAUAGGAAGUGGAUUAUGCGUAGUAUUUCUAAUGGAUGGAUGAGGGGAAAUUAGCAAUAAGAAGAACUGAUGUUCGUGCACUUCAGAAACUUGGGGG